AUGGCAUCCAAGAAAAAGAAAACGGCUAUCAAAUACAUUGACAUCUUCAAGCCUUUAGCUGGGCAAGGCAAACCCAUCAGAACAGUGAUGACAAAGGGAAUAGCUGGAAUUGGGAAAACAGUCUCUGUGCAGAGGUUCAUUCUCGACUGGACUGAAGGAAAAGCCAAUCAAGAAAUUGACUUCCUGUUUCCUGUGCCUUUUCGCGAGAUAAACCUGAUGAAAGAAAAGGAAUACAGUCUUGUGGACUUCAUCCAUCACUUUUUCAGUGAAACAUGUGACGUCAUCUUCUCCACUGAUGACAAAUACAAAAUUGCUUUCAUCUUUGACGGCCUGGAUGAAAGCAGACAACCUCUGGAUUUCCAGGACAAUGAAUGCAUCUACAGUGUAUCAGAGCCGGCUUCAGUUGAUGCCCUUCUCACAAACCUCAUAAAUCGGAAUCUGCUCCCCUCCGCUCAAAUUUGGAUCACGUCCCGACCCGCAGCAGCCAAUCGGAUCCCUCCUGAGUGUGUGCACCAGGUGACAGAAGUGCAGGGUUUCACUGACCCACAGAAGAUGGAGUAUUUCAAGAAGAACAUCAAUGAACAGGAAAUGGCCACCAGAAUCAUCACACACCUGAAGAGAUCCAGGACCCUCUACAUCAUGUGCCACAUUCCAGUCUUCUGUUGGAUGGCAGCCACUGUUCUGGUUUCUAUCCUCACAGAAGGUUGUGAGAUUUCAGCUUCCUUGACCCGGAUGUACAUACACUUCCUUAUCAUGCAAGUCAAAUACAUGAGUCAGAAGUACAAAGACAUCUGCAAACAGAAGACCGUUCUGUCCUUGGGGCGACUGGCUUUCCAGCAAAUGGAGAAGGGCAAUCUGAUCUUCUAUGAAGACGACCUGAGAGAGUGUGGCAUGGAUGCUGAAGAGGCCUCAGUAUACUCAGGAGUGUGCACUCAGAUCCUCAGGGAGGAGGCUGGGCUGUACCAGAAGAAGGUGUUCAGCUUUGUGCAUCUCAGCAUCCAGGAGUUCCUGGCAGCGUUAUAUGUGUUUCUCUGCUUCAGAGAGAGAAACAUGUCAGACCAAGAGCAAACCUCUCAGCUCUCUGCUCUGUUCAGAGCUGCAACACUUCAAGACCUACACAAGACUGCAGUGGAUCUGGCCUUACAGAGUGAGAAUGGACACCUGGACCUUUUCCUCCGCUUCCUUCUGGGCCUCUCACUGGAGUCCAAUCAGAACCUCCUAAAACACCUGCUGCCAAAGACCAGCAGCCAAUCACAAAGCACAGUGCAGACAGUUCAAUGUGUAAAAGAGAAGAUCAGAGGUGAGCGUAGUUCAGACAGAAGGAUCAACCUGUUCUACUGCCUGAAUGAGCUGAAUCAGCAUGCUGUAGUGGAGCACAUUGAUUGGAAGGAAGGAGAGCUGUGCGUAGAGAUGCUGUUACCAGGAUUGUGGAAGACUGUGAAAUUUACACUCACAAUGUCAGAAGAGCAGCUGGGAGGGUUUGACCUGCAGAAAUACAUACAGACACCAGAGGAAGAUCAGACUGAACUCCUCAGCCCUGAUGAUGUUCUUCAGAAGCUGGUGCCAGUGGUCACAACAUCCACCAAGGCAGUGCUGGGUGAAUGUAAGCUGACAGAAAAUAGUUGUCUCCAUCUGGCCUCUGUCCUGUCAUCUCCCUCAUCACGUCUCACAGAGCUGUUCCUGAGUCACAAUGAUCUGCGUGACUCUGGAGUGGAACUCUUAUGUUCUGGACUUCAGCAUCAACACUGCAGAUUGGAAAUACUGAGGUAAGUAUCAUUUCAUGUAGUCAGUCUGU